ACACUUGCUCACCUCCUGCCCGGGUCUCUGACUUCAGGAGAGCAGAGGGGGGCGGCGUCAGAGCCUCCCGCGCCCCAGCGCAUCGCUCCCUUCCCCGCCCCUCGGGAUCCUUUAAGAGGCGGGGCUUGACUGCCAGCUCCACGGCCCGGGCAAAAGGCUGGGACUUUACUCCCGUUGGCCGGUGGCGGCGAGGACGAGUCUGUUCUCCAUCAGCUGCCGCAGACGCUGCCUCCCGCCCCAAAACCCCAUCCCAGCGGCUGAGCCACGAUGAGCGGCAGAGUUGGCGAUCUGAGCCCCAAGCAGAAGGAGGCAUUGGCCAAGUUUCGGGAGAAUGUCCAGGACGUCCUGCCAGCCUUGCCGAAUCCAGAUGACUAUUUUCUCCUGCGUUGGCUCCGAGCGAGAAGCUUCGACCUGCAGAAGGCAGAGGCUAUGCUCCGGAAGCAUGUGGAGUUCCGAAAGCAAAAGGACAUUGACAACAUCAUUAGCUGGCAGCCUCCAGAGGUGAUCCAACAGUAUUUGUCAGGGGGCAUGUGUGGCUAUGACCUGGAUGGCUGCCCAGUCUGGUAUGACAUAAUUGGACCUCUGGAUGCCAAGGGUCUGCUGUUCUCAGCCUCCAAACAGGAUCUGCUCAGGACCAAGAUGCGGGACUGUGAGCUGCUUUUGCAGGAGUGUGCCCACCAGACUACGAAGUUGGGGAAGAAGGUGGAGACCAUCACCAUGAUUUAUGACUGCGAGGGGCUUGGCCUCAAGCACCUCUGGAAGCCUGCUGUGGAGGCCUAUGGAGAGUUUCUCUGCAUGUUUGAGGAAAAUUAUCCCGAAACACUGAGGCGUCUUUUUAUUGUUAAAGCCCCCAAACUGUUUCCUGUGGCCUAUAACCUCAUCAAACCCUUCCUGAGUGAGGACACCCGUAAGAAGAUCAUGGUCCUGGGAGCAAAUUGGAAGGAGGUUUUACUGAAACAUAUCAGCCCUGACCAGGUGCCUGUGGAGUAUGGGGGCACCAUGACUGACCCUGACGGAAAUCCCAAGUGCAAAUCCAAGAUCAACUAUGGGGGUGACAUCCCUAAGAAGUAUUAUGUUCGAGACCAGCUGAAACAGCAGUAUGAACACAGCGUGCAGAUUUCCCGUGGCUCCUCCCACCAAGUGGAGUAUGAGAUCCUCUUUCCUGGCUGUGUCCUCAGGUGGCAGUUUAUGUCAGAUGGAGCAGAUGUUGGUUUUGGGAUUUUCCUGAAGACCAAGAUGGGGGAGAGGCAGCGGGCAGGGGAGAUGACAGAGGUACUGCCCAACCAGAGGUACAACUCCCAUCUGGUCCCUGAAGAUGGGACCCUCACCUGCAGUGACCCUGGCAUCUAUGUCCUACGGUUUGACAACACCUACAGCUUCAUUCAUGCCAAGAAGGUCAGUUUCACUGUGGAGGUCCUGCUUCCAGACAAAGCCUCAGAAGAGAAGAUGAAACAGCUGGGGACAGGCUCCCCAAAAUAACGCCUUCUCCUACAGCAGGCCUGGCCCCCUCAAGUGUCUCCCUGUCAAUUUCUACCCCUUGUAGCAGUCAUUUUCGCACAACCUUGAAGCCCAAAGAAACUGGGCUGGAGGACAGACCUCAGGCUGGAUCUGGGGAUCUUUCAUUUCAGAGUUAGGCAGAGGAAGAGUGACUGAAGUGGGUCUCCUUGACUCUCAAAUUCCUAAGGAGUCCCCAGGGGCUGGCUAUUCUGAUAGAAUCUGUCUGUCCUGUAAAGUGUGCCAACUUCACCUGUCCAGGGACAGCAAAUAUAAGGAGGGGGGUACCACAGGGUGGCAGUAGGGAAAAACAUUAGAAAAGGGGGAAAGAUUGGGACUUAACACUUCAGGGAAGCCAGCUGCCAGGGAGAGAUUUGCUUCCAAAUGAACAAGUGAGUUUAGAUCGCAAUGAGGAGUAGCAGAGUAGCUGGUUGCUAGUUAUGGUGGGGAUGAGAGGCUCUUCCAAGCUUUUUAGCCUUGAGGCUGGGGUAGCUUUUGGCUUUUCCCAGGUCUCAGGAGGUGGCGUGAGUCAGCACAGAUCUUCCCACUCAGGGGUAGACAGGCUGGCUUCUCCCGCACUUUGAGAACUUUGGCAACUCCUGGGCCACACGGCCUGCCUCUUUGACUACUAAUGACUGUCAGUGACUCAGAGCUUCCUGGGGCUUCGGGUGCCCAUCCGCUGUUCUCCAUGCAAACAAAGCACAAGGGAAAUGACCCCCAGGGAUCACAGCUGCAGGGAGGGUCAGGGAUGUUGGGGGCGGGAGUGAAUGCUAAAAGGGGAUCUUCCAGUGCCCUUUUCAGUGCUGCCGGCCUCUCACCAAGCAAUCCUCCAUGUGAGCAACCCAAAGACAAAAAUGCUAAGUGGGAUCAAGAGAGCAGCACUCGGAGAGGGUGUUUCCAGUCUGAGCGUCCCGCGGUGCCCGCCAACCCGCUUCCGGACUGACCUGAGCAAGGUCUUAGCAGUCCCAUCUCUGUGGAAGGCACACAACGGAAGCAGGGAGUUCAGAUGCCAGUUGGCGCUGCCAGGCCAGGAGGCCCCCCAAAGGCGGGGCCGGCGUCUCGCACGCCAGGGGCUGGCGGCGGCCACAGUUGGCCUCGAAACCACAGCCCUUACCCCGACCCCACGCGCCCAGCCAACGAAUCCCAGGUGCUGGGCUGCACAGGAACACGGGAAGGCGGCCUCAGACCUGGCGGAAACGUCUUUCCCUCAGGGCCAGGCCCCGUCCCCGCCUGGGAAGCUCAUCUUGCGAAGCUGAGGAAGCACGGAACAGAAGGGGCCGAGGCUGCACUGGUCUCUGCCAGACCGCUCAGAAGGGCUUCCCGGCCUGGGUUUACAGUGCUGUUAGGAAAAUUAACCGAUGAAUAAAGCAACAUUCAGUGCGCAGGGAGUGAAAUUCAAUGCCCACCGCUUACUUCCUCGCUGCCCCUCACUCAAGAGGCCCAAACUUAAGGGGGCUCAAGAGCGCAGCAGCCGCCCCACGCCACUAGGUAGGGCGCAAGCGCAGACACCCUCUUCGGCUCUCUAGAACGAGCUUUCCUAUGGGGCCACGCCCAGCUUGCCUUCUGAUUGGUCCAGCCGGUGGGGGAGGGGCGCUCUUCCGCCAUCUUUGAUCAGGGUAUGAAGGAUGCUCCCGACCGCCUUCACAAUGAGGGCGGAGGACCCGCCCCACCAGCUGCUCAGUACGUGCCGCGUCGCCCGUGCGCGCCAAGUGUGAGUCGGUGCGAGCGCCCGCAGAGCUUGCGGUGGGCCCAGAGUGAGAGGGAGGCGGAGGCGGACGAGCAGCAAUCACGUGGUUUUAGGGACUGUCUAAUAAUUCCACGCCAGUAUUGCGUGUGUUUCAGGGGCUGGGGACCACUGCGUUCCGCACUAACCUUUCUCCCACGAACCAACCACUCGCCCCUUCGGCCCCCGGGCUUGUACGGUUACAAGCCCAACUCCGCUUGAGGUCCCAUACUGUCCCAUACGGCCCUACAAGACUGAGGCGCCUAGGGCUGAAGGCGGGGGGCCUCAACAGGGAGUCAGGGUUACUCAUUUUCCCUACCUUUAUUUGAUGAGAAUAAGAGCUAACUCUUAAUGAAGGCUACCGGGUAUCACGCAAAAACCCUGUGCUUACUAUUAGUCUUCGGGUUGUUGCAAAGAUUAAAGGAAAUAAUCAGUGCCAAGCGCUUAAGAGCUUGAUAUAGGUAAGUGCUCGUCAGUGUUGGCUGCUCUCAUUUUUUUUUUGCAGUCGUGGGAACUGGAGUUCAGGAAGGCUAACAGCCAAUAGGUGGCACAGCUGGGAUUUGAACCCAGGAUUGUCUCCAACGCCGCUCAGUUAUACAAGCCAGGGAGUCACAGAGACUUAGUGAAGUGCACACAUUGCCCACCUGGGUAAACUGAGGUCCAGCAGGGGAAGGUUUCCUCCUGUUGUAAUCACUAACCUUGCCCGAUUCAUUCAUUCAUUCGUUCACUCAUUAAUUCAACAACCUGUCUCCGAGAGGCUCAGUCAGAGGACAUACUGAUCCAGUUAGAUCCGAACGCUUCCCAGAUAUAUAUGGCGCCUGCUGAGAAGGGACUGCAGAGUCCAGGCACCCACCUUCCAGGCGCUCACCGUUCACCCCUUUGGCCUCAUUUACUGAGCUCGUAUUAAGAGCAUGGGAUCUGGAUCCACACUGUUUGGAUUCAAAUCCCGACUUCACCACUUAGCAGCUGUGUGUUCUGGGAAAGUGACCCACCUUCUCUGUGCUUCCAUUUUCUAACUUGUAAAACGGGAUGCCAGGCUGGCGGGAGGGGUUUAAAGGUGUUAGCCAUGGAGAGUUCUUUAGCGAACAUCCAGACUGGCAAUAAACUCAAUAAAUGGUGACUGUUAUAAUUAA